GUCGAGGGUUUAGAUAGCCAGAGCAAACUUACAAAAAUUGUUUUGUUAAAUAUGUGCUAAGCUUAGCGAAAAGCCUUUAUUUUAACACACAAACAGACAAUUUUAAUUUAGUAACUAAUUUGCAAAGGUAAGUAGGUACGCUCACCAACUUUUAAGGAGUGAAUCAUGCAGAUAUUGCGUCUUUCGUGGAUUUUGUAUCAACCUCCGUAAAUGUAAAGUUUCUGCUUGUCAUUAAUCUUGUCAAUAAAUCAAUAUUGAAAGAAUAAAAUAGAAAAUAACUAUGUGUGACAAUUCCAAAUUAUUUUUUUAAUAUGAAUAAAACGAAUUAAAAAUGAGCUCAUCAUUAGCAUGGACAAAAUUGUCAACAAUCCUGACCACACCAAGGCUAAGACCAUUUAUGAGUUCAUGGCACUAGAUAUAAAUGGUGAAAUUGUAAGAUUUAACAAGUACGAGGGUAAAGUGUGUAUUAUUUGCAAUGUUGCUACAAAAUCCCCGUUUACGGCCCAGCAUUAUAAACAAUUUAAUGAAUUAAUUGAUCAAUUCGGAGAAAGUAAAGGAUUACAAAUAUUAGCUUUCCCAUGCAAUCAAUUUGGUAAAGAAGAACCUGGUACAUCAGAAGAAAUCGCUGAACACGCCAAAAGAAAUAAUGUUAAAUUCGAUCUAUUUGCUAAAGUAGAUGUAAAUGGAGACGGAGCCUGUAUGAUAUGGAAGUUUUUGAAGCGCUGUGUUCCUGGAAACGCUAAGGCGGGCGAUAUGGUGAAAUGGAACUACACUAAAUUCAUUGUAAAUAAAGCCGGAAUCCCUGUCGAGCGUUAUGGGCCAGAAGUAGAACCCUAUAAAUUUGCGGAUUUACUCAAUCCUUACUGGUGAAUUAAUAUAGAAAAUUUAUGAUAACUGAACUACGGUUACUCGUUAGGUACGGUUCCUGUGAAACGGCAAUGAAAAAACGAUAGUACCUACCCCAGUGGUUUGGUAUACACGCACGGUUUUAAAUUAAUGUGCCACUUAGCCAAGUGCGCCAUAAUUUCUGGAUUUCAAACGAAUUCAUUACUUAAACAAAUUCAGAAACGAACUCAAAUGGAUUCUGACAAGGUGAAACGGAAACUAGCUUCGUUAAUAAAACGAAAAUAUCUCAAGUGUUACAGACACGACUCUAACUGUCGUAUUAAUCCUACGUCUUUAGCUCGUCUCAGCCAAGCAUUAACUUCUGUGCAUUUGCGGAAACACUCAAUAUUGCCGGGAACUCAUUCUGGUAGUCCUCAAACAGAUACCAAGCAAAUACGUAAAAAAUCGCGCUUUUAAUCCAUAUUUACUAAUAGCAGAGCGAAGAAAAAAGAAACCGUUUGCUAACGUAUCUACCUACAUGACCUAUUUUGAGUGAGCUGGGAUUUAUAAGCAAAUAACCAGUACUUAUAUAUCAAUAAAACCAUUUAAACCGAC